AUGGACUGGAGAACAACCGUUGAACAAGCUGUCAAAGCUGGCUUUAAGACCACUCUUACUAGUGGUCAUGCUGCUGGCCAUAGAUGGAACGGCUCUCUCAAGAAAAACCAUCAAAAGGCCUAUGAUGAAAAUCAGUUGUGUUUUGCCAAGCAGAACGGCUUCACGUUGGGUUCCCAUGACUACGAUGUGCAGCGAAUCACUAGUGAAGAAGAAGUCGGCCUUUUGCGAGAUCAGCUGGACAAGUAUUGGCACGUCGUGGUCAUUGAACCCAACGGCCAAUGA